AUGCGACAGACGACUACAGAAGGCCACUCUUCUGAACAGUAUGACAGUGCGGCCAAGAAUCAACCAGUCGAGACUCAAAACAAAGAACCAAACUUAUUUGUCAAAACUCCAUCACCUGACCAACAGAAGUCGCCCAACGUCAAAACUCCAUCUCCUGGCACAGAGAGAACGGUCAAGAACAAAAAUCGCACCGUGAAUGAGGCUACAGGCCAGAAGAAUCAGCUACAGAAUCCUCCCAAUGACAAACCGUCCAAAUUGUCUGAAGAGAAAGCGACUGAUGACAAACCGACUAGUGUUUAUGGCGAGAAACCGACCGGUAGCAAACCGAGUCUUUCCAAUGAGAAGGCGAGUGGCCUACCGUCACCAAACCAGAAGCCCACAUCUCCAGAAGUGCAGAGAAAGUCCCGGAAGACGACAAGAAGCGUUAAUCAAGAAGCAGAACUGCCACAACAGCCAAAGGCAACGAAAGACAAAAGGUGGUUCUCUCCGAGUGUCGCUGAUCACCAUCCUGCAGUAUCACCAGGGCCGGAUCGGAAGGAUAAACCGAGGGUGCCCAAAAGUGUCAUGGCUUCUGUAGAUGCACAAAGUAAGUCGCCUGACGUGCCAAAUAAGAAUCUGGAAGGCCUGUCGCCCCAUGAUCAGACCGCGAUAUCCCCGGAGGUGAAGAAGAAAAAGAAGAAGACACGUAGCAUCGGAAACCCAGAAUCAAAGGUUGGCAGCAAUGAAAGCGAUGACGGUAAAGCUAUGUUCAUGACAUCCAAGAAGAAACGAGUUAAGCCUAAAACACAAAGCCAAAGCCCUAAUCCGGCGGGUGGGUCAAAAGAGUCUGCAGAUGAAAAAGUAAACACGCGACGUCGACUUCUACUACCGUCAUAUGAUGAUCAGCCAAUAUCGCCAUUGGAUCGACGAGAAAAAAGACAACGUGGUCGCAUCAUAAAGUCGGCUGAAAUGAAAAAACAAGAAGAAGCAAGACGAAAGGAAGCAGCAAAGCAACCAGAAGUUAAACAACAACAGAAGAAGACUCGCAGCCACAAUCAGUCAGAAGACAUGGUGGCAUCAGGCAGAUUCUCGAAAGAGUCACCCAAACUCAAGGUUCAACCCACUCCACCUUCAAAUAAGGGAGCACCAAUAUCACCAGGUAUACCAGCAACACUUAUCAGUGGGCCAGCAACGCCAAAGACAGAUGAAACAAACAAGAAUGUGGCAGAGGCUGGUAAAGACAAAACAGACGUUGGGGAUGACUUGGAUGAGAAGACAGCCAGUUCUUCGGUGGCGAGUUCGAUGAUGACAAGUGUCAGUGGGGCCGUGUCACCAGCUAGUAGUACAACUAGAGCUUCAAGUAUGAGUAGAAAUGGUACCACAAGUCCUAGUGGACUCACCGAUUCGAAUAUCUCGCACGUAGGUCUAUUUAUAAAUAAAAACCUGUAAGUCCAUUAAUUCUUUCGUAUUGAUGAGUUUUACAAUUUAACUUCCAACUUCAUUAGCUACAUAUAACGUAACAUAAUAUCAUAUAAUUAGGUAUUUAGACCUCUGCAAAUCAAUCAAUAUCCACUGGUCCUGAUGGAAACCCUCUUGACCCAGCGAUGGCCGCUUACUUCGAUCCAGCGAAUGCCAACAAAGCGAAUGAUAACGACGAGAUUGAUCUGGACAAACAAAUAAACGAAGACAUUACACACACAAAGCCAGCACGUCGGUCAAGUCAAGACAAUGCAACAUUGGCCAAGAAGGCUUUAGAAAGGCUUAAAAUGCAAGUAGGUUACCGAGUAUACCUCAGAAUAAGCAAAAUCAUAUUUUAACUAUAACAUAAAUGACUAACUUCUACUAUAAAACCAAAUUCUUGAUUAAAGACCUUAAUGGUUUUUUUGAAGCUAACAUUCUCUUUAAUCGUAUGUUAUCACAUAUCAUUAUGAGCUUUAAUUACAACAUUAACUUUCAGAAAAAGCGAAAUGACGAAGCCAAGAAGAUCAGGCUGAAGAAACAACGGAUGGCCAGACGGAAGAAACGAUUACUACUCAAAAUGGAGAAGAAACAGUCCACCAACAGCAGCAGCUCCAAGAAGGACGACACCGACUCGUCGAUGAAGGUUUCUCGCAAAAAGAAGUCCAAAAAGACCAAAACCAAAACGUCAAAGGAAUAA